AUGUCUCGCUCUCUUCUCAUCACCGGCGCCACAGGCAAACAGGGCGGUGCCGCAAUCAGAUCCCUCGUAUCCAGAAACGCAGAUUUCAGACUCCUCGCCGUCACCCGUGACAAAACUUCUCGCUCGGCCCAGAAGCUCGCAAGUCUCUCACCCAAGGUUACCCUUCUUCAAGGCGACCUUAACGACACAGACGCCAUAUUUGCGCAUGCCAGAGAUUUGAGCAAUUCAACUCCAUGGGGAGUCUUUAGUGUCCAGGCUCCGAAAAUGGGUGGAAAGGGUGCAGCCGAUGAACAAGCCCAAGGCAUAUCUCUCAUCGACUCUGCUCUCAAAGCCGGCGUAAAACAUUUUGUAUACUCCUCUGUCGACCGUCAUGGGGAUAAAUCCAUCAAUAACCCAACCGACAUCCCUCACUUCAUCAGCAAGCACAACAUCGAACACCAUCUCAUCAACUCCACCAAGUCAAAUGAUGCAAUGUCUUGGACAAUCCUCAGACCAGUAGCGUUUAUGGAAAACCUCGACGGUGGAUUCGUGGGCAAGUUGUUCGCCACCGGAAUAAAGGCGAGACUCUCGCAGAAGCCUCUACAGCUGAUUGCCACAGAGGACAUUGGCGGAGCCGCGGCCGAAGCUUUUCUUCACCCCGAAGAACACAAAGGAAAAGCGAUUUCGCUAGCCGGGGAUGAGGUCACUUUCCCGCAAUUAAGUGAAAUCUUUCGCGAAAAGACUGGAGCUGACAUUCCCCUCACUUGGGGUAUUUUGGCGAAGUUACUCCUCGCUUCGUCCAAGGAGAUGCGCACCAUGUUUUCGUUCUUUGAGAAGGAGGGAUAUGCUGCAGAUAUCGAGGCGCUGAGGCGACAGUAUCCACGACUAAAGGAUGUAAGAACAUGGCUGGAAACCAGCCCAUACAUGAAGAAGUGA